AUGUCAAGGAUUGUCUCCCUAGAUGGUAUCCAGGGUCUGAUGAUGGAGUCAGCAGGUGAUGGGACGGAACUCCUAAGGUUCACAUCCUAUCUUAUCGUGUUAGGGCUCGUUGGAUUCGUCAUGUCAAGGAUUGUCUCCCUAGAUGGUAUCCAGGGUCUGAUGAUGGAGUCAGCAGGUGAUGGGACGGAACUCCUAAGUCACACAUCCUAUCGUAUCGUGUUAGGGCUCGUUGGAUUCGUCAUGUCAAGGAUUGUCUCCCUAGAUGGUAUCCAGGGUCUGAUGAUGGAGUCAGCAGGUGAUGGGACGGAACUCCUAAGUCACACAUCCUAUCGUAUCGUGUUAGGGCUCGUUAGAUUUGUCGUGCCAAGAGCUUUCUCAUAA